UAUUGGCUGAGUCUCUGAUUCAAGUGACGGUCCCAGUUUAAAAAAAAUAAAAGAUAAAAAAUUCAUGUGUCCUACAGAAUUAUCCAAAAUAUAACAUAUAUAAAAUAUAUAUAUAUAACGCAACAGACAACAAAAUAAGAACACGGAAGCGACGUGUCCAAACGCUUUCCCAUUGGCCGGACCUCGAUCAUGUGACCCUACGCGGAGCCACAGCCUCACUUCCGCCAGGCGUCGGAUCGCUCGGGUUCGGAGCUCCGGAGACCCGCUGCGCGCCAUGGCGUCGUCCCAGGGUCGGCGGCGGAGACCGGGGACGGUGGUGCCGGGGGAAGCGGCGGAGACCGACUCGGAACUGUCUGCGUCCUCGUCGGAGGAGGAGGAGCUCUACCUGGGUCCCUCGGGCCCGACGCGCGGCCGCCCCACGGGGCUCCGUGUGGCCGGGGAGGCAGCGGAGACCGACUCGGACCCGGAGCCCGAGCCCACGGCCGCGCCGGGAGACCUGCCCCCGCUCGUGGUGCAGCGCGAGGCGGCGGAGACGUGGGGCACCGAGGAGGCCCCGGUCGCGGCGCCCGCGCGCUCGCUCCUGCAGCUCCGCCUGGCCGAUAGCCAGACGCGCCUGGACCACGACGUGGCGGCCGCGGUGAGCGGCGUGUACCGCCGCGCCGGCCGCGAUGUGGCCGCCCUGGCCGGGAGGCUGGCGGCUGCCCAGGCCACGGGGUUGGCGGCCGCCCACAGCGUGCGCCUGGCUCGCGGGGACCUCUGCGCGCUCGCCGAGCGCCUGGACAUCGUGGCUGGCUGUCGCCUGCUGCCGGACAUACGAGGGGUGCCGGGCAUCGAGCCGGAGCAGGACCCGGGAUCGAGAGCUUAGGCUGACACUCUGUGUGUCCUCCCCACCCUCCCACCCCGCACCCGACUCUGUCCGUGAUCCCGGAUCACCGCGGGCCCCCAAUGCGUGGUAGCCUUUGGUUUGUGCCGACAGGAGCCGAGUCCUGGCAUUUUCUUUGGUUUGGCCUGAUUUUAUUCGUAGCACAAUUCUGGGAUUCCCCAGCCCCAAAACUCGGUCCAGGUUUUGUGGACAUCAACUCUGGUCUAUUUCCUCAGUCACGCUUUACUCUGGGGCUAGGCUGGGCUUUGAUUUCUCUCGUGAAACCUCCCUGGGUCUGGGCUGGGGCGCACGGUGGGGGGUGGGGGUCCCUCUAGUUUACAUCCUCAAAGGAUGCCACUGCUGACCCAAGGAGACCUUCCCACACACCCUGCAGACCACGGUGGCCAGAUGUAGGAACCAAGCUAGGCCUUGGUCGGGGGCAGCGCCCCCUGGUGUUAUGGUCGCUACAAGACAUUCUGACCUCUGGCACUGAGGAUCAAAGUUUCAUUUUUGCUUGUUUGGG